AUGAAAGCAGUCACUUGGAAUAGUCUAGAGACGGAGGCUAGUGAAGUGUCCCGUGGAGAGCUAUUGAUCAUCCUCCGCCUAACGCUAGGCCAGUUAAGAAAGGUGCGGUCACUUCAGCACGAUGUCGCACCGAUCAUGAUUAUCUCGCUUAUAGGCAAGCUACUUUGA